UAUUCAUUCACCGACAAGAACAGUUUUGUGAGUAAUUGAUUCAAUUUAUUUUUCUUGCUCAGUCUCUUGCUUCAUCUUUUCUCAGAAGUAAAGUAAAUAACAAGUCUUUGUUAAACGGAGCUGUCUAAAACUACUUGUCAUUUUGCUCAAUAACCUAUACAUUCAUUCUGAAAAAAGAUUUUGUCUUCCAUUCAUACAAUCCUGCUUGAGCUCUACUUUCAUAAGUAGUACCUUUAGUUUUCAAAAUGAUGAUGCUAUCCAAACUUACGUAUUUUGCUUUUAUUGCUUAUUCUAUGGCAAUACAAUUCAACACUCCAUCUCCGUUUGAAGAAUGGACAACUUGUGAAGAUCAUACAGUUACAUGGGACGCGGUCGACACCGAUCCGAAAAUUGCUGAUUUAUAUUUAAGUAACUACAUUAGAUAUCCUCCUAUCAACAAAUUUCUUUCUAGGUUGUCUGUCUCUGAUGGCAGCUAUACUGCUGAUACUAAGGGUUGGCCUAUUGAUGGAGGCUAUCGCAUAAACAUGAGAAAUCCUGAUAACUUUGACGAAAUUUACGCUCAGUCAGAAGAAUUCAUUCUUAGUCCACCGAGAGAGUAAAAACUGUAGACAUCGAUUGAACGAAAACGGUGUUUUUGCAGAACUUCAGUCUGGACCUAUUAUAUUAAUUAUUUCGAAUAAAAUCCAGCGACGUCAAUAAAUAAAAAAUCAAAGCAAGCAGUGGUAAAAACUGUUCUUACAGACGUUCAAUCGUUUUUUUAUUGAUAUUUUGAAGAACCGUGUUCAUGGUAAGAGAAUAGAAAUACUACAUGAAAAUAAUCGUUCAACGAAAAUCGUAG